GCCUAUGAUAUAGAUUUACUUUACCAUUAAAAGAAUAUUUUAUAAAACCACUAUGGCGAGUGGUGUCGACGAAAAACAGAAUGGAAAAAUAGAAACUGAAUUACGGGAUGAAGCUAUUGAAUUACUGGAAAUGAAAUCGAAAGAAAACGGGAAGGAAAAAGAGAUUUCUGAAAGAGAAGAUGACGAAGAUACAGAAGUCACACUUCAGCUUCAAAACUCAAGUUAUUGCACAACAAUUCUUCUGAUGACGAUAAUAGCAACUGUACCAAUGAUCAACUACGGAUUAACUUGCCUUAAUCCUACGAUUCCUGUCCUGCAAGAGAUGUAUAACAACACGUAUAUGUCUCGAUAUUCCGAACCAAUGCCGGAUUCUACAUGGGAGAUGUUGAAAGCUCUAACAAUGUCAAUGAUCGUUGCCGGAUCUUUCGUUGGAUCACUCAGUCUAAAAUCUGUGUUGAUGUUUCUCAGCAGGAAGCAAUGCAUGAUCGCUGUACAUGGAAUCAACAUUUUGGGUGCUCUCAUCAUAUGCCUUGGUGCAGGACUCAGUAAAGCCUACGAACCAAUGAUAAUCGGGAGAUUCGUGAUGGGAUUGGCGAACGGACUUGCACUCGGCCUUAUACCAGUGAUCAUAGGCGAAACGUGUGUGAAGUCCAGAUGUGCAGUCUACGAUGGACUGAUUGGCGUAUUACUUGCGAUCGGAGCAUUGUUUGGCGUCAUAUUGGGAUGGUCAGAGGUGUUCGGAACUCCUGAACUAUGGCCUUUAAUCAUCAUAACCCCGGCAAUACCAUCUGCAAUUUAUAUCACAAUGUCUCGCUGGAUAACAGACACGCCGUAUUACAUCAUGAGAAACGGAGACAGAGCCGAACUCAUGAAAACUAUGGUGAAAUUGCGGGAUGGACCAGAGUCAGCAGUGGCGGCCGAAAUCAGAAGCAUGAUGGGAGCACAAACGACCAGGCGAUCGGAAUCUUUAUUAGAAAACAAUUAUGACCAAUCUACAGAGCAGAAACAAACUUCUCAAGAUAUCACUCUGAAGACCGUGUGGACGACUGUAGAAUAUAGACGCCAGUUUGUCAUGGUUCUUCUUCUAUUUGCCAAUUUGAUGUUAAACGGACUCAACAACGUUUUAUUCUUUUCUGAUUCUAUAUUUUUGGAAGCUGGAAUCAAACCCGACUAUGUCACCGUAGUUACUGUCGGCGUAUUCCUCUUUCAAGUGUUAUCAACGCUCCCUGGGUCUUACAUUCUCCACCACAUGGGUUCUUGGAAGCUAUGCAUCAUUGGAAACAUUAUUAUGAUAGUUGGACAUAUCCUCGUAGUAGCAAGUCUGGCAACGUAUGAAACAGUGCCAGGAAUGUCGUAUUUGGCUAUUGUUGGAGUCGCCGUAUACUUACUAGGAUUCGCUGGUGGAGAAAAUAUCGGUUUAUUUCCACUUGUCAGUGAAUUAACAACUGAAGUUACGAGACCAAUCUGCGUUAACUUUGGUUGCGCAAUGCUAUGGUUUACUGGAUGGUUGGUCGGAUUUAUGGCAACAUAUUUUCAGAAAUGGAUGGGCGCCUACAGUUUCCUAGUGUGGAUGGGCUUUACAAUUCUGUUUACAAUCUACAUUGCUGUAAUGGUUCCCAACACAAAAAACAAGACAUCUGAUGAGAUACAGCAACAUUUUAAAAAUCAAUAGUAUUGCAGAACUGGCAUGACAUCAUCUUGCACAACGUUUCCAUUCAGGAACGGACGAUACGUCAACAAUCAUAUGACAUCAUGAAUUUGCAGCACUCUUUAAGUUCAUUAUAAUCAAUAUACCUAUGACUAUUGCACUUUAAAUGCACAUUUAUGACGGCAUUAAAAUUAUUACGUCAGCGAAUAACAUGGGUAUGCCUACUUGUCCUGCUCAUCAAAAACUAUUUUCUUCAUGUAUUUUCCGUCAUGCACUUAUGGUAAAUGAAAUAUAGAAAAAAACUUGGCAUAGUAUGCCGGCAACCUACUUUCGAAUUCCUUGGCCCGCCCAUUGAAACUAUUUUCUUCCCUUAAAAUCAUGAUAUAGUCAUGGUACAUGGAACGAGAAAAAUCUGGCAUUUCCAAUAUUUAGAGCGGUACGUACGCGAAUCUACCCUUCCUAGUUUGGUAGUCAAAAUUUAACUGAAGUCGAAAACUUUCUCAAGUGCUGCAUUAUGACCAAUUUAUAUGUUCCGUUAGCAUUUCGUAAGUUAAUUUAUUGCUAUAGCGAUAUAUUAUAUCUAAUAUUACUUUUUCAGCAGUGAAACAAAGCGGCCUGUUUUAAAGUUGAAAGUAAAAAUCUCAAAAAUUCUAUAAUUGAAUGAACAAGAUUCGGAAAUAUAGGAAUCGCGACGCUCGGAUUCAAAUUCUAAAUCUAGAAAAAUUAUACGAAUUUUACAUAGCUAGUUACCAGCUUGGCUGACAUUUUCUUAUACAAUAAUUUGUUUAUACAUUUAUGAAAACGGCGCAUUGGCAUCUUUUUGUGGCGCUUCAGAAGUAUGUGCACCAAUAUGAAUAAACUAAAAGGGGAAAAGACUAGGGGCAAGGAAUAUAUCCACUUGGCUUACACAAACAGUUCCCAAACUCGUAAUAGAACUAAAAUAAGGGAAAAAGGUAGACAAUUAUGACUU